AUGGCUUCAAACAGGAUUUGGGCGGGCUUCUCCGUCUCGCUCUCCGACAGGUACGUGGAACGCAUCGUGGAGGUGCCACGAGUUCGCGUUGACCAUGUUGAAAAGAUCAUUGAGGUGCCCGAAAUCCAGAUGGUGGACCGGAUAAUCGAGGUCCCACAGGUGCAAGAUGUUGUCUUGGACACAAGUGGUGCAGGUGGUGCAGGUGGCUAUGGAGGGCCUGGUGGCUGCGGUCCGGGUGGGGAGUUUGGCUAUGGCUGGGGCGGUGGUCCUGGUGGUCCCGGUGGUCCCGGUGGUCCUGGUGGAGGCUGUGGUCCUGGCGGCUGUGGCUAUGGGCCUGGCGGUGGUCCAGGUGGGUGGGGCGGCCCUGGUGGCUAUGGGCCUGGCACCGGUGCUGGAGGAUAUGGUGCUGGUGGGUAUGGCGCAGGUGGGUGUGGCGGACCUGGUAGCAUUGCCUUUACAGGUGGUGCCAUGGAUCUUGGCUCAUCAGCAGGCAGAUACCCUUUCCAGGGCGAAGGUGGCGAGCUGGACAGAUUUGGCUAUGGCAAAGGUGGACCUGGAGGAUAUGGACCAGGUGGAUAUGGGCCAGGAGCAAACGGAUAUGGGCCCGGGGCCAAUGGAUAUGGACCAGGAGCGAACGGCUUUGGUGGGCCAAACGGCAUGGGGCUCAAUGGGGGCUGCGGUGGCUAUGGCAAGGGUGGCAAAGGCAAAGGAAAGGGCAACCUGCCGGUGAAAGUCAUCACCCGAGAGGUGCCCAAGAUUGAAGUGAAACAGGUCGAAAAAGUCGUGGAGGUCCCCAAUAUCGAGUAUCGGGAUAGACUCGUGGAAGUGCGUGAGGUGCGCGAGGUGGUACGGCGAGUGCCGCGCAUUGAAGUGCGCGAGAUCCCCAUCGAACGAAUUAUCCAGGUCCCGAAAAAGGUGGUCCAGGAGGUUGAGCAACCAGUUUAUCGACCAGUCCCACACUUGGUCAAGCAAAAUAUCGAACGAGAGAUCCCGGUGCCCAAGCCCUACACACAGACGCUGGAGGUUGUAAAACAGGUGUCAGUGCCGACCAACGCGGAUGGUGUGGUUCUUCCUCAGUCAGAUGUGACACCCACCAAGCCAGUACAAAAUUCUGGGCCUAGUCCGGCCGCUGCUGAAAGUGCCCUGGCCGUGCUGAGUGCACCAGUCAUCUCCAGAACUUAUGAGCUUCCUCCAGUGCGCUCCACGCCCGGAGAAAGCGCACCUGGAACGUCUGUCAUGUAUGGUAGCUCCAAGCAAGUGCAGCAACCUGCUGUCACAGGUGGAGAUUGGUUCAGCAGGCUUGACAAAGAUGGCAGUGGCGCUCUCUCACGUGAGGAGUUUGCGCAGGCCCAGCAAAGUGGCCUUGUGCCCUCAAUGGGUGGCAGCCCCUAUGCGUCAAUGACUGGGCCUCCAGUGACUACCAUGGGUGCUCCAGCAACAUAUGGACCACCGCAAAGUGUGUCAAUGGGGUCUAUGGCGAUGGGCUCCGGCUUUGGUGCUCCUCCACAGGUAUCAGGCGGAGAUUGGUUCAGCAGACUUGACAAAGAUGGCAGUGGAGCUCUCUCACGCGAGGAGUUCGAGCAGGAAGCGAUCCAGGCCGCAGUUGCCUUUGGUCCUUGGAAGCUCCAGCAAAUGGCUCGUGAGUUUCUGGAGUCCUACAGGCAAGGAAGCCCGGCCACUUUCAUCAACGGAAUGGUAGUGCACAACACUGCUACGGGAAGGCGCAUCUCCUCCCUGAAUUCAUCGAAGGUCCAGUGGAACGAAUUUCCAGAUGAGGUCAUCGACUCUCUCAUCAUAAAGGGCGAACUAUUCACAUGUUCUGGUGGCGUGGUGGUGGAAGAUGAGAGCCUGCAGCCAUACCGACAAAGAGUAGAGGGCACACUGGAUUCAGUACAGGGUCUUCCUGUAGAGCCACUUCGGCAGCUUUUGCAUCGUGCACAAGCUCCAGCUGUAACGCAUGUGGUUUUCGACAUGGAUGGCCUACUGUUGGACACGGAAAGUGCAUAUUCUGUUGCCCAACAGGCAAUUCUGGACAAGUGGAACAGGAAAUUUACCUGGGACCUGAAAGCCAAGAUGAUGGGCAAAAAGGCCUUGGAUGCUUGUCAGCUUUGCAUCGACGAGCUGGGUCUCAGCAGCGAAAUCACAGCGCAAGCUUUCUUGGAAGAGCGAGAAAGGAGGCUGGAUGUGCUCUUCGCCAAAGCGGCUCUUCUCCCUGGUGUAGAGCGGCUGGUGCGACAUCUUCACAAGCAUGGGAUUCCCAUGGCGGUGGCGACCUCAUCCCAUCGUCGCCACUUUGAUCUGAAGACUUCCCUGCACAAAGAGCUCUUUGCGUUGAUGAACCACAUCGUCACGGGCGAUCAGGUAUCAAAGUCCAAGCCAAAUCCGGAGAUCUUCACCCAUGCUGCCAGUUUGUUUACUCCGGCAGCACCAGAACAGCAGGUGCUGGUCUUUGAGGAUGCGCCAAGUGGUGUUGAAGCUGGCCUAGCAGCCAGAAUGCAGGUUUGCCAUGUGCCCGACGCUAAUCUCAGCCGGAGCUUGUGUGGAAAGGCUCAUUGCGAGCUGCUAUCCUUGGAGGACUUUCGGCCAGAAGAAUGGGGGUUGCCGCCCUUCUAG